AUGAAACUCCACGUGGUGUUGUAUGAGGCUAGGAGGGUGCUUCAGACCUGGGCUCCCCAGAUGAAAAAUUUGAGGCUGGGGCUAGUGCCAGGUCACUCGUGUGUCAGGUUGGGGAUGAUGUUGCUUUUGGGGAUAAUUUUUCUCCCGAGCAUACGCUGUGACAUGGCUUCAGUAUAUUACUCUUCCUAUGAAAUAGUCAUCCCAAAGCGGCUGAUGGUCAGGGGAAGUGAAGACUCAGUGGAAAAGGCAACCUAUUUGCUACUUGUGCAAGGCCAGAAGCACUUGGUUCACCUGAAGGUGAAGAGAAGCCAUUUUGUGAAUAACUUUCCAAUCUACAGUUACCACAAUGGCAUACUGGGGCAAGAAUCGCCUUUCAUCUCACAUGACUGCCACUAUGAAGGCUACAUAGAAGGAGUGUCAGGUUCUUUCGUUUCUGUCAACACCUGUGCAGGUCUCAGGGGCAUCCUGAUUAAGGAGGAAAAAUCUUACAGCAUUGAGCCCGUGGACUCUUCAAGACGGUUUGAACAUGUGUUAUACACCAUGGCACAUGAAGCGCGAGUCUCCUGUGGUGUCACUUCCAGAGACAGCCAUGUGGUGUCCACUAGCUGGCAACAAGGGAGCAGGAAGCCUCAUGAUCUACAGGCGCUGUCCUACUUGUGGUCACACACCAAGUACGUGGAGAUGUUUGUCGUGGUCAACAACCAGCGGUUCCAGAUGUGGGGCAGUAACAUCAAUGAGACGGUCCAGAGAGUAGUGGAUGUCAUUGCUCUGGCCGACAGCUUCACUAGGGGAAUAAACACAGAGGUGGUGCUGGCCGGAAUGGAGAUUUGGACCGAGGGGGACCUAAUAGAUGUCGCAGUGGACUUGCAAAUCACACUCAGGAAUUUCAAUCGCUGGAGACGAGAGAUGCUCUUCCGUCGUGCGAAGCACGAUGUUGCCCACAUGAUCGUCGGGCAUCAUCCUGGACAGAAUAUGGGCCAGGCCUUUCUCAGUGGUGCCUGCUCAAGCGGUUUUGCGGCAGCUGUUGAAUCCUUCCAUCAUGAAGAUGUGCUGUUGUUUGCAGCCCUGAUGGUCCAUGAGCUCGGGCACAACCUGGGUAUUCAGCACGACCACUCGGCCUGCUUUUGCAAAGAGAAGCACUUUUGCCUCAUGCAUGAAAAUAUCACAAAAGAAAGUGGCUUCAGCAACUGCAGCUCUGACUACUUCCACCAGUUCCUUCGAGAACACAAAGGGGCCUGCCUAUUUAACAAGCCAUGGCCCAGGGGCCGCAAGCGUAGGGAUUCUGCCUGUGGAAAUGGCGUGGUGGAGGACACGGAGCAGUGUGACUGUGGUUCUCUAUGUCAGCGUCACCCAUGUUGUGAUGAAAACUGUAUACUGAAGGCGAAAGCAGAGUGCAGUGAUGGUCUAUGUUGUCAUAACUGUAAAUUUCAACCUAAGGGAUAUUCUUGCCGUCCUUCUAGUGAUUCCUGCGACCUCCCAGAAUUUUGCAAUGGUACAUCUGCAGUAUGCCCUGACAACAGGCAUAAGAAAGAUGGCUCAAAAUGUCAUAAAAUUUACCAGUGCAUUAAAGGUAAUUGUAUGGACCCUAACAAUCAGUGCAAACAAGUAUUUGGAUAUGGUGCAAAAUCAGCCUCACAAGAGUGUUACAAUUCAAUGAACAGCAAAGGGGACCGAUUUGGAAACUGUGGCAUUCCUACCAGUCCUGGGUCACAAUAUGUUCGGUGUUCAGAUGGUAAUACAUUUUGUGGGAAACUUAUAUGUUCAGGUUUUACAGGCUUACCAAAAAUCAAUCUCCAACAUACAAUGAUUCAGGUCCCUCGGGGAGAUGACUCAUGUUGGAGCAUGGAUGCCUAUACAAGUACUGACAUUCCUGAUGAAGGAGAUGUGCACAAUGGCACUUACUGUGCACCAAAUAAAGUCUGCCUAAAUUCCGCCUGCACAGAUAAAACCCUAGUGAUGUCUCCCUGCAACCCAGAAAAAACGUGUAAUGGGAACGGAGUUUGUAAUGAUUUAGGGCACUGCCACUGUAAUGAAGGGCGCCCCCCCGACUGUGUUACUGCAGGAAGUGGAGGUAGUGUGGACAGUGGCCCUCCCGGUAAGCCAGGUGGGACACCUUCAGGAGGUGAAAAUCAAAAGAUACCUAGUUCCAAACAUGAAGAACGUGCUGUAGACAUGAUAAUAUUAUCAUUCAUUAUACUUUUUAUAAUACUAUUAUUAAGUGUAAUUAUUUGCUUGAUCUGCUUGCUUAAAAAAUCACCAGAGGCUGCCCCAGCAGAAGCUCCUCCAGCAGUGCCUCCACCACCAGCCCCAGAAAUAAAGCCAGAGGCAGCAGAAGUGGCCCCACAAGAAAAAGAAGAAAAAGAAGAGGAGAAUGAAGAAGAAGAAGAGGAGAAGGAAGAAGAAGAAGAAAAGGAGGAGGAAGCAUCAGAUUCUUAA